AUGUUGACGCAAAGUGUUUGCCUUCGACUGCUGAUCCCCCUCCUGCUACUGAAAUCCACUUACACCGUCCCGGAAAAAUCACGCAGGUACCUCUGGAGCACAAAGUUGCGACAGAGAACGUCGAAAGUGUUUGGCACCAAGAAAACACAGUUUAAAUCGCUGUUGAUCAGUACGUGGAACUACACAGAUGCCAACUUACAGGCAUGGAGUGUCUUGCAGCAGGGUCCGCAAAGGACCCGCCAGGCGGUGAUCCAAGGAUGCCUGGCCUGUCAACACCCGCGAUGUGGCCACCUCCUGGCCGGAGGAUCUGCUCCAGACUCCCAGGGCGAUCUCACCCUAGAAGCUGCCAUCAUGGAUGGUUCCAGUUUGGGCUACGGCGCAGUGGCCGGAAUGAAGGGAGUUCGAAACGCCAUCCUUGUAGCCGAUGCCGUACUGCGGCACACAAAACAUUCGCUGUUGGUGGGCCAGAGUGCUGCAAGAUUUGCCCGGUCCAUGGGCUACAAGGAGGAUUAUCCUGCGGGUUUGCGCACCGAGUAUGUCCUGAAAAAAUGGCAAUUGACCGGCUGCCAGCCAAACUUCUGGCGCGAUGUUCACCCGUCGCCGAUGGACAACUGUGGUCCAUACUCUCCCCUGCCCCAGCACAUGCUCCGGCAACCGAUGCACCAGGAAUAUCCCAUCGUCCAGGGUCACCACGAUCAGCUGGCCUUUCUGGCCCUGGACGCGGAGCGCAAGUUCCACGUGGCCAGCCACUCGAGUGGUGCCCGUUUUCGGAUCCCCGGACGGGUGGGUGACGCGGCGGUGCCGGGAGCCGGGAUUUACGCGGACAACGCGGUGGGUGCUGCGGUGGCCAGCGGGGAUGGCGAUGUCCUGAUGCGCCACCUGCCCGCCUUCCUGGCCGUCGAAGCCCUGCGAGCGGGACAAAAGCCCGGCAAGGCCGCCGAGUGGGUGGUGCAGCGCCUGCUAAAACACAAUACCGAGUUCAACGGCGGCGUGGUGGUGGUCAGUCGGCGGGGCAUCUACGCCGCCGCCUGUGCCGGCAUGGAUGAGUUCCAUUUCGUGGUCAGCGGGGGCAAGGGGUUCCUCAGCAUGGCGCGGGUGGAGAAGGUCAAGUGCGUGGAUCGGAAUGAAAUCGUGGACGGUGGCCCCAAGGGACUAUUUCAUCCAAAUCCCGAUAAGCAAGUGGGGCCAAGAGCAAGCGGAAACUUUAGAUAGAUAUAAGGUAUAGGGGGUACUAAGGGUCUUAAAAGCGGGUUUUAAGUAUAGUCUUAUUAAGAAUGAAAUAAUGGGACUACAAGCAUUGUAAAACAGUACAAAAUGUCAAGGAACGUGAUUUGAGUCGUCUUUGUAAAAGCAAUAUAUUGAAUUGCGUCUUAAAAUUCCUUGAAAUGUUUUUCGUCAAUUUGUACAUUAUUAAAAGGUUAAAAAUGUCACAAAAUUACGAAAAAGGAAGGAGAAGAAAAUGUAUAUAAGGUCUUUAAGCCAUAAGGACACGUCAAGGAAGGAACUCAUCAAGACCAAACCUAUUCAUGUAUUUUUUAAUCACCCAUACCUGCUUUACCUAUAACUCAACCUUUUUGGAAACAUCUUGCAAUUUUAA